GAAAGGGAGAUGUAAUACCGGUUGGGGGGCAGGCAUGUGGAUGUGUGGGGGACACACCUAGUCACCCACCCCAUUGGUAAGGUAAACCCUUUAAAUUAUUGAGUGAAGGACAGAAAAAGAAAGAAGAGAAAAGCAAAGCUCAGCCUAACCCCUCUUGCCUCCCCCACCCAAUCCCCCUCCCCUCUCCCCAUUCUCUUUCCUUCUCUCUCUCUCUAUCUCUUUAAUCUGGUUUCUGGUCUUCUCAAAGGAAAAGGGUGGUGGUCUUCUUACAAGUGGGGGGUUGCAGAGGAGAGGAGAAGAAGCCCGGCAAGAGUAGAAGCAACAAAAACUGAACAAGUCUAUCGUAGAAAUUUGUUUUAGUGUGAGGCAGGAUUAGUUCCUUGUAUCCUUAUUGUGUAGUUGGAUUUCAGUUGUUAGUGAAGAUGCCAAGGCCCGGCCCUCGGCCCUAUGAGUGUGUCAGGAGAGCUUGGCACAGCGACAGGCACCAACCCAUGAGGGGAUCUCUCAUUCAAGAGAUUUUCAGGGUCGUCAAUGAGAUUCACAGCGCUGAAACUAGGAAGAACAAGGAAUGGCAGGAAAAGCUCCCUGUUGUUGUGUUGAAAGCAGAGGAAAUCAUGUACUCCAAAGCUAAUUCUGAGGCGGAGUACAUGGAUCUCAAGACGCUUUGGGAGCGGGUAAACGAUGCCAUUAACACGAUUAUUCGCAUAGAUGAGAGCACUGAAACAGGAGAGCUUCUUCAGCCUUGUAUCGAAGCCGCCCUUCUCCUUGGUUGCAUUCCAAGAAGAGCAUCGAGAAGCCAACGGCACAGUAACCCGAGGUGCUAUCUCACCCCCAGCGCGCAGCAGCCUGCCUCUGUCCCUCCGAGAAUCCCUGACAGCACAACCCAUAGAGGUCUGCCCCCUUUACUGCCACUUCAGUCCGGCAAUCAAACCACCAGCCCACAGUUGAUUCCGUAUUAUUCGAGCUUCACGAGGCCAACAACCAUGAACCCAACUCGUCUGGGUUCGGAAUGUGGCAUUCCUGUCACUCGAGGCAAUAACCCCACUACACCUCGCGAGUUCCCUUUUCCACCACAGAGUUUCCUCCCAUCUGGUAGUAACCAAUCCUUUCCUGUUGAAGCUUACCCCCAAUCAAACAUGAGUUGCGUUUAUCCCCUGUAUUAUGGCACACCCGUUCAGAUUAAGGAGCCUCGGUUAAGCUCCCAAACUCCCCAAGACUCAAACUGUAACAGGGUUGUUGGUAAACCUUCUUUCGGGAGAACCCCAGAGGCUGCCGAGGUGGGUGUGCUGGAGAACUUCUUACCCAGUGAUGCAGCUGUAAAUGCCUCAAACAGAACAUCUCAACCAGACUUAAGGGAUGCAUCUGGCAAACCUCCUGAGAUUGAGUGUGACUUGUCCUUGCGCUUGGGUCCGCUCUCAACUGCAGGCAUUGUCCCAGAAAAUCACUGGGUUCAUGAGGUUGAGGACGUUGGGUCGAGUAGCUCUCAAGAGGGCAGCAAGUUCAGUGAUUUGUCUCCACACAACGAUAAAGAGUUCUGUUUCUUCCCCCGGGACAAUGUCGACGAUCCUUUGGAGUCCUCUUCCAGUAAAUGGAGUUCUGAGGGGGAAGGUCCAGGCCUCGAUGCAACCUUCAGAAAGCGCAAAGCACCCGAUGGAAGCCCUGCUGAGGAAGGCCAAUUUUACUGGCAACCAAAGCUUCCAUCAGAUCAAUUCCUUGCCAGAUUCAAGAAGCCUGGUUUGUAGGAAAUGGGAAUCCUUUUGUAGUACAUAAAUUUUGGAAUCUUGAGAUGGCUCAAGUUUUAUAUAUGUAUGUCUCCACAUAGCCUUCUUUGCAACAAUUUUGUAUGUUCAACUAGUUUUUUCAUGUUUUGAUGUUGAGCUUUGAGCUGCAUGCUUUUGCCUGAAUGCGAAGUGAAGUGUAAACAGAUUUGUUUCUAAUGCAACACUGGAUAAAACAAAGCUCUAAACCAUUGGUUUCAA